AUGGAAGCAGAGAAACCAUGGCUAGGCAUCGUCGGCGCUGUGUGGGGCAGCGUCACGAGGCCCACGGCGGUGAUUUUGCUGUUCGCGGCGGCGCUGCUGGGGCUUUCUUGGCUCCAGACGACGAGGGAUGUAUCGAUUCUGUCGCCGGCGGCGACCGCAACGGGCGUCUCUGGCGGUCUCCAAGCGGCGGGGGACGCUGGAAGCUGUUCGGGGUUCUACCGGCCACAGCCCGCGAGGAAGGUGGUCAUGUCGGUCGCUGAGUUCGGUGGCGUGGGUGACGGCAAGACCUCGAACACGGGGGCCUUCCGACUAGCGGUGGAGCACCUCGAGCGGUUUGCCGGCGAGGGUGGGGCGCAGUUGAAUGUCCCCCGGGGAGAAUGGCUCACGGGAAGCUUCAACCUCACCAGCAACUUCACUCUCUUCUUGGAGGAGGGCGCCGUCAUACUGGGUUCACAGGUGCGGAUCAAUCCAAUUCAAAGUCAUCUGUUCUUGUCCUGGCGUGGGUCGCCGGGGGAGAGGGGGGGGGGUGGGGGCGGUGAGGGGGGAGAUACAAUUGAAAUAGGGAAUGGUUUUUUAUUGGAAAAUCGAUCUCGACGCCAAGAAUUGGCUUCGAGAAUCCCUGGGUUCUGCAACAUCACGGGCAAUUGGAUGGGUUCGGAGUUCCCUUUUUCAUGAAUUCGCUCUCCCAUCAUCCGUGAUCUCUCUUCCGUUAGGAAAGGCUGUUCACGAGCAGAGAACUUGUCCUCCAAGAACAGAAUCGACCACCGACGUAUCUCUUCCACAUCCUCCCUUCUUCCCCGUUAUCUUUUCCCUUCAAUCCAAACUAUGGCGAUUGGAGGGUAUGGCAUGACGGCGGCGUUGACCCUGAUCGCAGGAUCCGAAGGAAUGGCCGAUUAUAGAAGCUCUGCCCUCAUAUGGCCGCGGGAGGGAGAGACCCGGCGGCCGACACAUUAGCCUCGUGCACGCCGACGGGGUCAGCAACGUUGUCAUAACAGGUACUCCAAGGUCAAUCAUCUUCAGUUUUCUUUGCUGCCCCGCUAUUUUUUCUAAUCAAACGGCAGCGCGCACUUAAUCUCCAUCGUAUCGCAGCAUUGGGGAAAGUCCACCGCAGUUCUUAAGGGUAUCUGACAGAAUAUUAAUGCCGCCAGCCUGCGUGAUGCCGAUCGCCCAUUUAAUUAGUCGGGUUUGUCUUGUCACCUAUCGUGCGCAGAAAGCAGUGCUUUUUCUCCGUCUGUGGACCCUCCGGAUCGACCCGUUAGAUCUUCGAGUUUGCUGUAUAUUAAUUAUUACUGCAAUUUUUUUGUGCUGGGUGGAUUUCGAUCAGUAAUCGGGGGUUUAGCGAGCAUAAAUUAAUGUGUUCUAGCCCCGGAUUCGCGCUUGCUGAUUUCCUUGCUCAAUCACAUUAUGGUUGACUUUUUUAUGUUUCGGGUGUCGUGCGUCAUCUAGUGUCGGUUUUUUCUGCGAGUAGUAAAGUUCGAAGAAUUUAUGAGAUGAAGAUGAGAACAGCUGUAGAACAGUGCGGUUGCUUCUUCUGGACGGAAUUUGUUGAAGGGGCGUCGUGAACUGGCCGCAGGGCAGAACGGGAGCAUAGACGGGCAGGGGAGGAUGUGGUGGGAGCUAUGGAGGAACAGAACACUGGACCACACCAGGGGGCACCUCCUCGAGCUGAUGAACUCCGACAACGUCCUCAUCUCCAAUGUCACCUUCCUCAACUCCCCCUUCUGGACGAUCCACCCCGUCUACUGCAGGUCCCUGCUCCCCGCCGCCUCUUCAAUGUCGAUUAUCUGCAGUCGUUCGGAGUGGACUAGGGAGUGAAUUGAAUCCCUCUCUCUCUCUCUCUCUCUCUCUCUCUCUCUCUCUCUCUCUCUCUCUCUCUGUCUUCUGCAGCAACGUGGUGAUCAAAGAUGUGACCGUGCUGGCGCCCCUCGACUCCCCGAACACCGACGGGAUCGACCCUGGUAAGUGAUUCAUCGAUUCCAUCCGGCAUAUGAUCAGUUCUGCAGAUUCAAGCUCAUCGUCGUCUUCCUCGGCUUACCUGUCGCAGACUCGAGCUCUCACGUCUGCAUCGAGGACUGCUACAUAGAGAGCGGCGACGACCUGGUGGCCGUGAAGAGCGGGUGGGAUCACUACGGCAUGGCGGUGGGUCGACCCAGCUCCGACAUCGUCAUCCGCAGGGUCUCAGGGACGACGCCCACCUGCUCCGGCGUCGGAAUCGGCAGCGAGAUGUCCGGCGGGAUAAGCAACGUCCUGGUGGAAGCCCUCCAUGUCUGGGACUCUGCCGCCGCCGUCAGGUUGAAGACCGAUAGGGGACGAGGGGGAUACAUCGCCAACGUGACCAUCACCAACGUCACCAUGGAGAGGGUGAAGAUUCCGAUCAGGUUCAGCAGGGGAGCCAACGACCACCCCGACGAGGCCUGGGACGCGGCGGCGCUGCCCAGAGUCACCGGCAUCUCUAUCAGCAACGUCGUCGGCGUGGACGUGCGCCGGCCACCGCUGCUGGAGGGCGUAGAAGGGGCGGGCUAUGACAACAUCUGCCUGAGCAAUGUGAACUUGCAAGGAGUGGCGCCGACGGCGGCGUGGCGCUGCGAGUUCGUCUCCGGGGACGCUAGCGGGGUUUUCCCCAUCCCUUGCCCGCAGCUCCGCAACAGCUCGUCCCGCUGCAUCUUCUGA